GAGAGGGAGAUAGCGAUUAUGAAGCUUAUCGAACAUCCGCACGUCCUCGGCCUCUACGAUGUGUACGAGAACAAGAAAUAUCUGUACCUGGUGCUGGAACACGUCUCAGGUGGGGAACUCUUCGACUACCUCGUCAAGAAGGGAAGGUUAACACCUAAGGAAGCGCGCAGGUUUUUCAGACAAAUCAUCUCGGCCUUAGACUUCUGCCACAGCCACUCCAUAUGCCAUCGGGACCUCAAGCCGGAGAAUUUACUGCUGGACGAGAAAAACAGCAUCAGGAUCGCAGACUUCGGCAUGGCGUCGCUGCAGCCCGAGGGUUCCAUGUUGGAGACGUCCUGCGGCUCCCCGCACUACGCCUGCCCGGAGGUGAUACGGGGGGAGAAGUACGACGGUCGGCGGGCGGAUGUGUGGUCGUGCGGCGUGAUCCUGUACGCCCUGCUGGUGGGUGCGCUGCCCUUCGACGACGACAACCUCCGCCAGCUGCUGGAGAAGGUGAAGCGCGGCGUGUUCCACAUCCCCCACUUCGUGCCCCCGGACUGCCAGGACCUGCUGCGGGGCAUGAUCGAGGUCAACCCGGAGAAGAGGUUCACGCUGGAGGAGAUCAACAAGCACCCGUGGGUCAUCGCAGGGGGUAAGGGCGAGCUGGAGCUGGAGCGGCCGAUGAUGGAGGUGGUACAGACUCACAUCAUCCCCACCAAGGACAGCAUCGACCCUGACGUCAUACGGAACAUGGCGUCGCUCGGCUGCUUCAAGGACAAGGAUAAAGUGAUGCUUGACCUCCUUGACCCCUGCCACAACACGGAGAAGGUCAUCUACUUCCUGCUGCUGGACCGGAAGAGACGGAAACCUGCGUGCGAGGACGAGAACGAGAUCAUCCACAGGUACCGCUCGGAGUCCGCGGACCCGCCCAGGAAGCGGGUGGACACGUGCUCCGUCAACGGCACCAUGUCUCACUUCGAGCGGCUGGCGGAGGGCUCGCCGAUCACCCCGCGGCGGAACAUCGCUCACCAAUCCUCACACACCCUUCCGUGCAGCCGUCGUCGCUCCGCCAACAACAACAACAGCGGCUCACACUCGCCUCUCCACUCGAACAACGUCACGCCCACUGCCUCGCCCCUCUCCUCGCCUCGCACCUCCCGCCACCACCACCACCACUCCCAGCAGCACCACCACAGCACCACCAGCAGCAGCACCAGCACCAGCGGAGUCAGCACCGUCACCAGCACCACAGCAGGGAACCAGCAGUCGGGCACGAUCACCCCAGGGGAUGACAGUAACCCCCCCUCCGCCCCGGGCUCCCCCUACUCCGCCCCCUACUGGAAGUCUCGCCUCAACACCAUCAAAAACUCCUUCCUAGGCUCCCCGCGCUUCCACAGGAGGAAACUUCAAGUCCCAACAGACGAGGUCCAUCUCACUCCAGAGUCCUCUCCGGAACUCACCAAGAAGUCAUGGUUUGGUUCCCUCAUGAGCACUGAAAGGGAUGAGACCUACACCAUUCUGGUCAAGGACAAGGCUCUGGCCACUGUCAAGGCCGACCUCAUCCAUGCUUUCCUCUCUGUAAGGGCCCGCAAGGUGGCAGAGCUGAGCCAUAGUGUCACCUCACCCAUGAGCUUCCGGGUGGAGUAUAAAAGAGGCAGUGCAGGGCCGGCAGUGUUCCAGAGACACGUGAGGUUCCAGGUGGACAUCACACCGGUGUAUUCCCCAAAUGAUCCCAAUCCACUCUACGCUAUUAACUUCAUCCUGCUCUCUGGUAUGAUGGGUAACAUCCGGCGGUUUCGACGCAUCUGCGAACACAUUCAGGCACAAGUGUGUAGCCGGCGGCCCCCAGCCUCCCCCAGGGUGGGCCGAAAGUUCACCACGGAGUUGUCCGAGUCUUCUUCCUGUGGCUCCGACACCUCUGAGCGGCUCUCUCCGUUCCCCCAGGGCAAACAGGUGAGCCAACCGCUCACCUCCACCCUCCCCCUUAUGGCGGAGAGUGACGUAGAAAGCGAUGUGUCCCAGUCUGAUGGGAAGAAUCUAAGUGGCCGGGGUGGUACAGACUCUCCACAGCCCAACGUGUCUAAUGGACGCAGUACUUCAGACCCCGAGACGCAACAGCUGGGCUCGUCUGACCUGGCCACGUAGUCCAGGGCAGUGCGGGCCCACUCUGGUGAAGAUGCCAGCACCAGCGCCCAACUGCCUCCACCUUCCUGCCAGGCGGCCCCUGUGAUCAGGCCCACGUGUUCCGUCGAGAAGAACAUUUGCUCAUCAGGACAGAAUAUCAUUUAGGGAUGCAUAAUGCCAUGGCAAACGGCUGAAGUUUGGUUGCCAACGUGAUUCGAUAAACUUGUCCAUAUAUUUACGUAUGGUAAGCCAACUAACUUUGAAGUUAUUUGUUAUUACCCCUAAGGACGAAUGAAAUAGGUAGUGCUUGCUGGUAUGAUCAGUGUUGUGUUUUGUCUGGGAAAGGUUUCUUCUGAAAAAUGCAAGAGGUACUCUUAGCUUAAAGUUUCUUGUUGAUAGGCUUCCUGACAUCUAACUACUGGUGGAGCAAGGUACUGUGACUUCUUGCUUGAGACUAUAUUAUUAAACUCGUUUUAUACCGUAAUUAGGAAAGCAUUUUAUAGGUCUAGUGACAAAGGUGAAACCUACUCUUUCUCUCAUUUCUUGUGCAAGACAGAAACAGGCCAAAAACUGAUAACACUUCAACAAGUGACAGUGGAACCUCGCCAGGUGAUAUCGUCCUCAGAGUGCUGGCCGGGAGUGUGAGUCUGCUCGCUGAGCUGCAAGCAUCAAACCUAUUUUUUCUCAGGCAGAACUGUAUGAGGCAGCGUAUGUGCAUGUGGGGCAGAAAACUGACAACUGGUCAAAAAGUUUCCCUAGCGAAUCUCAGCAAUACUAUAACAUAAAACUAUUAU